UGCUUUCAUCUCUAGCGCCCAAAUCAACGAACAAAGCCAUGCUCCAGAAGAAGCAGAAGCCCAAAGCCUUGAUCGUUGGAGGGAGUAUAGCCGGAAUUUCUUGCGCCCAUACUCUGAUCAAAGCAGGCUGGGAAGUUCUAGUCCUCGAUAAAACCCCCACUCCGCCGACCGGUUGUUCCACCGGCGCCGGACUCGGCCUUGACACUCUGUCUCAGAGACUCAUCCAGUCGUGGCUUUCCCGACCUGAACUUCUCGUCGAAUCCACUUCCCCUCUAGGGACGGAGCAGAAUCGGGCUAUUGAUGGAGAAAGCAAGACGGGACGGAUAUUGACUAAUGAUGAGAAUCUCAAUUUCAGAGCUGUACAUUGGGCUGACCUUCAUGGCCUUCUAUACAAUGAGCUUCCACCUGACAUAUUUCUUUGGGGUCAUCUUUUUCUUUCUAUCUGUAUAUCUGACGACAAAGCGUCUGUGAAAAUAGUAGCAAAAGUUCUGCAAACUGAUGAGAUUGUUGAAAUAGUUGGGGAUUUGCUUGUUGCAGCUGAUGGCUGUCUCUCUUCCAUACGUCAAGCAUUUCUUCCCAACUUUAAGUUGAGAUAUUCAGGUUAUUAUGCUUGGAGAGGGGUUUUUGAUUUCUCAGAGAAUGAGAACUCAGAGUCCGAGAUCAACAUUCAUAAGGCUUAUCCUCAACUUGGUAAAGGCUUGUAUUUCGACUUGGCAUCUGGAACUCAUAUGGGAAUGUUUGAGGUUCCAAAGAAGAAGAUCAACUGGAUUUGGUAUGUGAAUCAACCAGAACCUCAAAUCAAGGGUCGAUCAAUGACAAUGAAAGUAAACGAGGAGAUGGCGAGGAGAUUGCACGAACAAGCCAGCGAGAUUUGGGUUCCUGAGUUUGCAAACGUCGUUCGAGAAACAAAAGAUCCUUUCAUCAAUGCCAUCUAUGAUUGUGAUCCAUUAGAACAACUAGUUUGGGACAAUGUGGUAUUGGUUGGAGAAUCAGCCCAUCCAAUAACUCCUCAUUGUGGGAGAAGCACGAAUAUGUCUAUAUUAGAUGCAGCUGUUUUGGGCAAAUGCCUUCAGAAAUGGGGAGCUGAAGAUCUAAAUUCAGCUCUUGCUGAGUAUCAGUCUCUCCGGCUGCCUAUUAUUUCUGAGCAAGUCCUCCAUUCCCGGCACGUCGGGCGGAUCAAGCAAGGCUUGGCGCUUCCCAACCGCCAAGUCUUCGACCCGAAUAUAGCUGAAGAAAACCUGCAAGAGCUUCAAAUAAGAAACACACCAUUCUGUGAUGAUGUUCCUGAAGGGAUUGAUCUGAUCUAGGAAUAAUAUGUCUAGUGGUUUGGU